GUGUGUGCAUGUCCAAGCUGAAGGCAGCAGAUGCUGGGCCCAGGGAACUCUGCACCAAGUGAGCAAGCGAGACCUCCAGGGACUGACUUGCCAACAGCUGGACUUGAUCACCAGCUCGAAACUGAGAUCAUGCACUGGGUAGAAUAACAAGCGGACACUGUUCUCUCUGGCUGUGCAAAGUGUUGUUUUCCAAGGAAUUGCCACAGCAGCAGCAGCAGACAGAAAACCAGAGAUCACCACCUGAACCCUUGAGUCUCUUGAGGGAACCCAAGCUCCUGGGGAGUGUGCAGGAUGAUGGUGGCCCUUCGGGGAGCUUCUGCUUCAGCUGUUUUCUUCCUCGCAGCAUUUCUGCCCCCACCACAACAGGCCCAAGACCCAGCCAUGGUACACUACAUCUACCAACGCUUCCAAGUCUUGGAGCAAAGGCUGGAAAAAUGUACCCAAACAACAAGAGCAUACAUCCAAGAAUUCCAGGAAUUCUCCAAAAACAUAUCCAUCAUGCUGGGGAAUUGUCUGACCCAUACAAGCGAAUAUAGGAGCGCUGUUGAUAACCUUGCACUGAGAGUGGAGCGUGCCCAGCAGGAGAUUGACUACCUGGAGUACCUUCGAGAAGCUGACAUCUGCGUUGAAUCAGAGGAGAAGACUCUGGCUGAAAUGGUACUUCAAGAAGCAGAAGAAAAAAAGAAGAUCCAACGUCUACUGAAUGCAAGCUGUGACAACAUGCUGAUGGGUAUCAAGUCUCUGAAAAUAGUGAAGAAGACCAUGGACCCAGACGGCUCUUGGAUGAAAGAUGCUGGCGGCAACUCCGCAAAGGUGUAUCUAUUAACCGGAUCCAGAAGCAACACAGUUUGGGAAUUUGCAAAUUUGCGGGCAUUCAUGGAAGACAGCACCAAGCCUGGCCCCCGGAAGCUAAUCUUACCCCUUUCUUGGCAAGGAUCAGGGCAAGUGAUCUACAAAGGCUUUCUAUUUUUCCACAGUCAAGGAACACCUAACGAGAUAAUUAAGUAUAACCUGCAGAAGAAGACGGUGCAAGAUCGGAUGCUUCUCCCAGGAGGGGCAGGCCGAGCACCCAUCUAUCAACACACCCUAUCCACUUACAUUGACCUAGCUGUGGAUGAACACGGGCUCUGGGCCAUUCACUCUGGACCAGGUAUCCAAGGCCACUUGGUUCUCACAAAAAUUGAGCCUGGCACUUUGGGAAUAGAGCAUUCAUGGGACACGCCAUGUAGAAGCCAGGAUGCUGAAGCCUCAUUCGUCCUGUGUGGGGUUCUCUACGUGGUCUACAGUUCUGGUGGCCAAGGCCCCCAUCAUAUCACCUGUGUCUACGAUCCACUGGGCACUGUCAGGGAGGAGCAUCUGCCCAACUUGUUCUUCCCCAGGCGGCCCAGCAGUCACUCCAUGAUCCAUUACAACCCCAGAGAGAAACAGCUGUAUGCCUGGAAUGAAGGCAAUCAGAUCAUUUACAAACUCCAGACAAAGAGAAAGCUGCCUCUGGAGUAAUGGUGGCUGCUGGGAGGGAACAUGGUGGGGCUUGGG